CAGGGAUGUAUUGAUUAUAAUGCUAGCAAGAAGGACGUUCACAUAGUUCACUUUAUAUAGUGGUUGUCUAUAGUUGCUAGAAACAAAAACUUUAACGUAUGUUUAUAUCUAUUAAUAGAAAACAAAUAAACAAUUAUUAUAAAGUUUGUAAAAAAAUACUUUUACAAUUGUAACUACCAUUUAUCAGAUAAAGUGAUUCAUUAAUUAAACAAUCAAGAGGUAGAUACUCAGUAAAAUUGAUCUUCAAAUUUUCUACAUUAAUGAGUAGGCUAUAUAAUAAUGGCUCGACUUGCUUAUGAAUGUAAUUUGGGUCUAAGAUUCAAUUCAACUGAAGAGUUAGAAGCCAUAAGAUCAUAUACAUGCUCUGCUGAAAAAUCUUAUUGCCUUUAUUGUUGUUGUAACCCCCAGUGUUGUCUUUUAAUACAACGACGUCCUCCUAAACAUUUUUGGGAAGCUUGGUAUUUUUGGCUGGGAAUUGCCUUACUACUUCUUCUUAUUCUAUCUUCUAUAAGUAGCUACGUAGUUAGUAAUUGUCGUCAUAGCUUUCACACUAGUAUCACGAUUGGUAGAAAUAUUGAAAUCCCAACAAUCAGUAGAAGUAAUCGAGUCACCGGCGAGAUGAAUGAAAUUUCAGUUCAUGUUGUGCCGGCAACUGACGUUACAUUAUCAACACCACGAAUUAAAGUGCAAUUGGCUGCUCCACAGCCGAAUAUAACACACAUGAGUAAGUUAUUAAUUUUAUACCGAUAAUAUAAUCACAAUCAACAG